AUGAGUGUCAUCAUUAGACUACAAAACCUUCCAUGGUCUGCAAAUGCUCUGGACAUUAGGAAUUUCUUUCGGGGCCUCUCCAUUCCCGAGGGAGGUGUGCACAUCGUAGGAGGCGAGCUUGGAGAUGCGUUCAUUGCGUUCAGUACGGACGAAGAUGCACGUCAAGCCAUGAUGUUAGACGGUGGUAAGAUCAAAGAGAUCCAAGUGAAGUUGUUACUCAGUUCUCGUUCAGAGAUGCACAAAGUGAUCGAGGCAGCUCGGCAGAGCGUGCCACUGCUCAGCCUGGCAGCCCCGGCAGCUUCACCAGCGCCCACACCUGCGCCCGUGCCUACACCCACGCCACCCACUAUACCACCCGUCCAACAACCUCUCACUAUCCCCGGUCUAACACCGUUUUCCACAGCCCUCGGUAACAAUCCAAUUACAGGAUUUGGUAUCCCAGGAAUCGGCAACCCUCAAGAAAUUCCGCAACCCGCUGUCAUUGAGCCACCGCCACCACUCAUCAGCCCUACUUCUAAUAACACUCCCAAUGACGAAGACAAAGAUGAAGACAAGUUAGAAAGAAAGCGCAGCAGGGAAAAGGAUAGGAGACGUUCUAGGUCUCGCUCCAAGUCACGCGAUAGAGAUAGGAAAGAACGUAAGCGUGACCGCCGCGAUAGGUCUCGGUCUAGGGAAAGACGACGCCGUGAUCGGAGUCGCAGUCGAGACCGACGCGAUCGCAAACGUGACAGGAAAGACCGUAGCCGCUCCCGUGACCGGUCACCAUCACGCCGCUCCCGCGACAAAAGAAGUGAACGCAGGUCUCAUGAAAACUCUCAAGAAAAAACAGAUGCACAAGAUGGGCCCCUUGGGGGACUCGGGUUACCCUUUGGAAAUGGUAAAAAUCCAAAUGUACCAAUUCCUUCACAUCAUAUGAUGGCAAAUAAUAUGAUGCAAAACAACUCCUUAAAUCGAGAUUCGCCAAUGACCCGAUUCAAUGAUCCCUCAAUGAACGAUGCCUUUAACAAACUGCAAGAACUCGGUAAAAAGAGGAAUCCAAAUGCUUUUCAAGGUGAACAGAACGGGGGUAACAGAAUGCCAAGCCCUUCAGUACGCGGCGGCAUGGGGCGUGGCGGCAGUGUUAGUUUCCGUCGUGAUGGACGUCCAAGUCGUUUCGGAGAUACCGAGCAGCAGCGUGAUUGCUGCGUCGCUAUUAGAAAUGCACCUAACCAUACUAGUUACGGCGACGUCCGCCGUUUCUUCCCCUUUUUAAUCGACAAACAUGGAAUCAAAAUGAUAAACGACAACAUGGGACGUCGAACUGGAACUAUCUUUGUCAGGUUCUGUGAUACUCGCUCAAAGCAGCUCGCGUUACAAAAUAAAAUGAAUGAAUUAAAGGGAGCUUCAGUAAUUGUCGAGUCACUCGACGACAACGCUUACGAAACUGCAGUAGAUUCGUUCCUACCUUACCGUGAAGACAAUGAUGAAGAAGAACAACCUAUGACAAUUACACAGCCAGAAGAACCUCGCAAGCACUUCAAAGUACUUAAAUUAACAGAUCUACCAAAUUUUGUAAAAGAACACGAUAUAAUUAAAGCGUUCAGUGAGUUUUCACUACUUUCUAUAAUGGUGACCGACUGUCGCAUGACCAGAACCAAAACGGCAUAUGUCCAAUUUGUAAAACCCGAAGAUGCAAAACAAGCAUUAGACAGAAAAGAAAGAUACAUAUUUGGUAGAAGACAGCCAACAAUUAUUCCUAUCUCAGAAGAACAGUAUGAAAAAGAGAAACAGAUGACUGACAAACCACCAGAGAUGCCCAAAAAACCGCAGAAUGAACCUCCAGCAGAAGUGGCUCCACCUCGAGACCCGCGUCAGAGACGGCAACAAUUUGAUAAUGGACCCGGAGGGCCUGGGGGACCUGGCGGGCCAGGGGGCCCUGGGGGACCUGGGGGUCCUGGUGGUCUUGGAGGGGCCGGCGGACUUGGAGGUCCUGGAGGGCCUGGCGGACACAAAGGAGGACCAAUGCAAUCUCAACCAUCGGGACCUCAUUUCUUUACACCUCCGUUUGCGCAGCAACAAGGAUUUCCAGGACAAUUUCCUGGACCUGGACCACAAUUCGGAGGAUUUCCAGGUCCCGGCCCUAUGGAUCCUAGGACGACUGCACCAAACUGGGGUAACCGUCCACCCUUUCCCAAUCAGAUGGAUCAAGCCUCAAAAGCCCCCCUUAUUAAUAAUCUUCCCGACAUGGAUGACGAACCUCUUGACUGCGUUUUGAUGAAAGGUCUACCUAGAGAAGCAACCGACAGAACCAUUGUCAAUUUCCUGGCAGACACGAACGCAGUACCAGCUCGGAUACACUUAAUGCUGGAUGCUAACGGAAUGCCAUCCGGAGAUUGCUUCUGUGAGUUUAGGUCGACACAAGAAGCGAGAAUGGCUACUAGUAAACACGGGAAAAAUCUUGAUGGAUGUCGUGUGACUAUAGACUUGGUUCCUCGCAGUGUAGUUGAAGAAGCUUUGGAAGGACCUAAGCAGCCGGAUAUGCGCGACGGAAUGCUCGGUAAUGUUUCCCAACAGCAGCCACCAUUCUUCGAUCCCAUGCAAGGAGGUCGCGGAGCGUUUCGCGGUGGAUUCAGAGGUCGUGGGGGCUUCGACAGAGGGGGCUUUGACCGAGGUGGUUUCAACAACCGAGGCGGUUUUGACUCGAAUCGGGGUGGCUUUGACUCGAAUCGGGGUGGCUUUGACUCCAAUCGGGGUGGGUUUGACUCGAGUCGGGGCGGCUUUGAUGCAAGUCGGGGCGGUUUUAGAGGGCGUGGAGGUUUCAAUGAGCGAGGUCGCGGCUUCGAUAGAGGACGAGGUCGCGGCAGGGGCUUCGGGGGUCGUGGUGGGGUUGCCGGUGUCAACGGAGGUUUUGAUAAUAAUGGUCGCAUGGACGAAGACCACGAUCCUGCACUCGAUGAUUUCGGUGCUCCUGGCUGUGUAGUGUCCAUGGAGAAUGUGCCGUUCCGCGCUAGUAUAGACGACAUCAUGGACUUCUUCUCUGACUUUGAGUUGACUCAAGAUGAUGUUAUCAGGCGAUACAAUGAACGCGGCCAGCCUACCGGCGACGCUCGUGUUGCAUUCCGUACUCCGUUCGACGCGCAGCGCGCCGUGAAAACCCGUCACAUGGACAUGAUCCACGACAGACGAAUAAGUUUAUGUAUUCUAUAG